AGGGAGCUUGCAGAUCAUGUGAUAGAAGCUGUGGAAGAAGAAGGAGGAAAAGCUGUCUUAUGCUGAACACCUGUCAUAAGUGAUGCUAUGACUAUGGGAACAAGUGGUAUGAAGUAUUCUUUAAUAUCAAGGGACUGGAUUACUGAUUGUAUUGAAAUAACCCAUGCUGGAUACACUGGGGAUGGCAUGAUCUGUCUUGCUGGCUGCGACAAGACGAUUCCUGGGGUAACCAUGGCUUUACCCAGGCUUGAUGCAUGUGGUAUUGUUAUUUAUGGAGGAACAAUGCUUCCUGGAUGUGGAAAGAAAUAUACAAAUCUAAGUGCUGGGAGUCCUUUUGAGGCACUUGGCUCCUAUAGCACAGGCUUGAUGGACAUUGAAGAUUUGAAGGAUAUGGAGUGUCACGCAAUACCUGGUGCUGGAACCUGUGGCGGUAUGUUCACAGCCAACACCAUGUCAUCUAUAGUAGAAACUCUUGGCCUGUCAUUACCAGGUAGUGCUUCUGGUGUUGCCGUAGAUGGUGAAAACAAGGUUAUAGCAGCAAAGAAGAGGGAAGUUAAAGAGGCGGUGAAAGCGUUGUUUUCGAUGAUGAAAUCAGGAAAAACUGCAAAAAAUAUUUUGAGUAGGAAGGCUUUCGAAAAUGCUGUAACAGUCAUGUACGCAUUAGGUGGAUCAACUAAUGCAGUUCUUCAUUUGCUAGCUCUCGCCCAUGAAUCUGAAGUAGAAUUUUGCAUUGAAGAUUUCAAUACGAUUGGAGGAAAGGUUCCACUGAUAGCAAAUGUUAAACCACAUGGCAAGUAUCAAAUGGCUGAUUUGGACAAGAUUGGAGGUCUACCGAUAGUAUUGAAGGAAUUACUGAAUAAUGGUUUUCUGCAUGGAGAUCAAAUCACAGUUAGUGGGAAAACAAUGGCUGAGAAUCUUGCUGAUGUACCACAACUUUCUGAAAUAGGACAACAGGAGAUAGUAUUUCCAAUUUCAUCUCCAGUGGCAGCGGCUGGCAGACACAUCUUGAUUCUAAAGGGGAAUCUAGCCCCUGAGAGCGCUGUACUCAAAUUAAGUGGAAAGGAUAUAGCAGGAGUAUUUCGUGGUCCGGCAGUAGUGUUUGAUGGAGAGGAGCAAGCAUUUCAAAGUGUUAUGAAGGGAAAAAUCAAAGCUGGCGAUGUACUCGUCAUUCGAUAUGAAGGUCCACGAGGCAGUCCUGGGAUGCCAGAAAUGCUGGUCCCCAGCGGCGCCCUGGUUGGUGCAGGACUGGGAAAGAAAGUAGCAUUAGUAACAGACGGACGCUUCAGCGGUGCUUCCCAUGGUAUCAUGAUUGGCCACGUGUCACCUGAAGCUCAGGUCGGAGGACCGAUAGGGUUGAUAGAGGAUGGUGAUAUGAUAGUUAUAGACCAGGAAAAUGCAACCUUGCAUGUGGAACUCACACGUGAAGUGCUACGCGAGCGAAAGGCAAGAUGGCAACCACCACCCAGAAAGCUCACGGGAUUACUUCAGAAGUACUCUAAAGUAGUUUCCAGUGCCCACGCGGGAGCUGUUACUCAUUAGUCAAGAAGAAAUGUUGUAGAGCCAUUUUUUAUUAAUUACUUCAAUUUUAAUUCAGCGGAAGAAAGCUAUAAUGACGUUUAAAACUUGUCAAUACGUAAAAAAAUAGUAAACGAGCAAACAGACAAACAAUGCUGGGAAAUUAAAUUAAGUUAAACUUCUCUAGCACGAGAAUCAUAGGAAGAUGCUCUCUCGCGCGCUUUACAAUCUUUCAAUCAGCAAUGAUAGUACAAUCGCGCUUUACGAUCAGCAAUAAUAUCAUCAUAAAAAUUAAAAUUAAAAUAUAAGUCAUGAAACUAGGUGAACUCAGAAUUCGAUUAAAGUUCGUAAGCCUUUUGAAAUGAAGUCUUUUAAACGAUUUUACAUUAUCUGCACAGCGGACUGCAUCAGGUAAUUUAUUCCAUAGCGCUGGUGCAGCCGCGGUAAAACUACGAUCACCAAGUGUGCGUAGAGUUUUUGUUGUGAGUGGUUGCAGUAAAAGGUUACUAGAUGAUCUUAGAUUAUGCCUAAAUACAGCUUUUGAAAUAGUAAUUUCGCUGAGGUAUCCGAGUGCGGAUAAGUGAUAAGUAGCAGGUGGAGUCUCCUUAAGGUUGGUGAGAUGCGAUCAAAACGACUUAUCUUACAAAUAAGCCUGGCAGCAGUGUUUUUAACACGCUGGAGCUUCAAUGUAAUGACAGCUAGACCGUAAAGAAUACUAUUGCAAUAGUCUAAACGGGAGGUAACGCAGGCAUUGACCCUACAUACCGCGAGUCAAUGUUAACUUUCGACAACUGUUGCCUUGUUCCUGUGACAACGAAUUCCGUUUUGUCAUUAGUAAGCUUCAGUCGAUGCGAUGAAAUCCAUUAUCUGAUAUCAGUAACACACGCCUGCAUGUGUGGAAAGUAAUGGUUGCAAAUGUAUCGGUGAACAGUAAAUAUCUAAUACUCUUGGUAGGAACAUAGUUUCUCAUUCACAGUUUGCCUAGUAACGAUUAUUACGCAUGCUAUGGCAAUCGUAUUUGUUCAACUCUUUAAAAGCCUUUCUCCAAGGAUCAUUGAAUUAAAUUUCUUUGGAGGAGUCUUGAGAA